CUCUUUAAGAUAUUUCACUGAGUUGCUUUUCGUCUUUACAGGGCUUUUAUUGUGAAACUCUGGGAGAGGAAGAACCCUUUGGGCGCAUGCGCAGAAGAAGCAGGUUUGCAGCAGCUGCUCUCCUGAGGCGCGGACCGAGCUGGAGGACGGUGCAGUAUUCCCCCAGCUCAGUACUCGGGUUACUGCAGUAGUCAUGUGUACUCUCGAGUAUCUGAAGGACUUCAUCCAGCGGAGGCUGACGGCAGCCGCGGAGGAGAUCUUCAGCGAGGUGGAGAAAACCUUCGUGCAGUACGAGGAGGAGCUCGAGCGGCAGCGGCAGCUGGAGCGGAAGCUGCUCCGCACAGACCUCCCACAGCAACGUGAAAAUGGAGAGGAGGAAAUUCUUACUGACCAGGAGAGACCCUCAGGUGUGGACCAGGAUGAACCACAGCAUCCACAGAUUAAAGAGGAACAGGAGGAACUCUGCACCAGUCAGGAGAACCCCCAGCCUCCACAGAUAAAGGAGGAGGAGGAAGAAGUUAGCACCAGUCCAGAGGACCCAGAAUCUUCACAGAUUAAAGAAGAAGGGAAGGAACCCUGCACCAGUCAGGACGGAGAGCAGGUUGUGCUGAAGGAGGAGACUGAUACCUUUACAGUGACUCCUGUUCACGAGGAAGAUGGCUGCAGUGAAGGAGGACCAAACAAUGUUCUGCUCUCCCCUCAGAGCCCUGACACUGAAAAUGGGAAGAAGUACUAUCGUAUUUACACAAUGAAAUAUCUUGAAAGAAUUCAGACAGUUGACAAGAGAUACUGUUGCAAAAUAUGUGGGAAAGGUUUCGCUCACAGAUGUAAUUUGGUGGACCACAUGAGAAUUCACACUGGUGAGAAGCCAUACACAUGUGAAACAUGCGGGAAAAGUUUCAACAGAGUUGGUAAUUUUAAUGCCCACAUGAGAAACCACACUGGUAAGAAGCCCUAUUCUUGUGAAACGUGUGGGAAAGGUUUUAACCAUCGAUGCAAUUUGGUGGACCACGUGAGAAUUCACACAGGUGAGAAACCAUACACAUGUGAAACAUGCGGGAAAAGUUUCAAUCGAGUUGGUAAUUUUAAUGCCCACAUGAGAACUCACGCAAGUAAGAAGAUGUUUUCUUGUGAAACCUGUGGGAAAGGUUUCAAUCGAAGGGGCCACUUCAAUGCCCACCUGAAAACGCACACAGGUGAGAAACCUUAUCCCUGUUACACAUGUGGGAAAACAUUUAUAAAUGCAUCAAGGCUAAAAUUUCACAUGAUAAUUCACACCGGUAAGAAACCCUAUUCCUGUGAAACAUGUGGGAAGCGUUUCAUUCGAAAAGUGCACUUAACCACUCACAUGAGAAUUCACACAGGUGAGAAACCUUAUCCUUGCGAGGUAUGUGAGAAAAGAUUUAUUGAUGCGUCAACGUUGAAGUGUCACAUGAGAACUCACACAGGUGAGAAACCAUAUGUUUGUAACAUCUGUGGGAAAGCAUUUUCUGUCUUAUCGACCUUUAAAAGUCACACCUCAGUUCAUACAGGUGAGAAGCCGUAUUCCUGUGAAAUAUGUGGGAAAACAUUCAGUCGCAGUGGUCACUUGACUGUACAUUUAAGAACUCACACUGGUGAGAAGCCAUACUCGUGCAAAACGUGUGACAAAACUUUCAGUCAAAGGCAUCAUUUGACUUCCCACAUGAGAUCUCACACAGGUGAGAAGCGGUAUUCUUGCCAAAUGUGUGAGAAAAGCUUUGUUCAAAGCAGUCAUUUGUGGCGCCACAUGCGAACUCAUACAGGCGAGACAUCGUCGUCCUGAAACAUCUCUGGGAUUAUCUUCAAGUGAAGCUUAGGAAAAUAAUAUAGGUUAACAGAGGAACUCUCAGAGCUCUGUAGUUUAUUGUAUGUGACAAAGUACUCGAUGGAUCAAAUGAAUCAUGAUUUGAUCUUUCGGAGCCGACGGUGAGGCUGUCAGAUUUGUCCAGGCUGUAAGUUUUGAUUUUUACAGAAAUGCGUUGCAUAUUUUGAAAAAUUAUGCCUUACAUCUUCUCUUUUGUUCACUUUUGUGCUGUAAACAUGAGAAAAAGAAGUUAAUGUUACAACAUAUUAAGGCUUUUACUUUUUCUUAUCGCUCUUCUUUUUCUCGUCACCCUCCUUGCCAGUUGUGCAGGCUGCCCCUCGCUGGGCUUGGUCCUGUUGGAGGUUUCUUCCUGUUAGAAGGGAGUUCUUCCUCCCCUCAGUGCUCCAUGUGUCUGAUUGGCUCUCUUUAAGAGUGUAGUUAAGACUACUGUUAUAGAGAUAAUCAUAAUCACAAUUACUUAGAUCAGUAAUGGCCAGUUGUUGAACUUAAAAUGUCUUUUUACUGACUGUAUAGUGAGUUACACACACACACACACACACACACACACACACACACACACACACACACACACACACAGUUAAAAUAAAAAGUGGUUUAAUCCUAAUUGUUUUUUAAUCAUUAAAAGCAAAAGUCAGCAGACCUUAUUCUGGGAUGUGAACCUUACCCAUAAAGCACUUUGAGAUGACUGUUAAUGUGAACUUGGCAGUGUUGGGAGGGUUACUUUUAAAAUGUAUUCCACUACAGAUUACAUAAUACAUACCCCAAAAUGUAGUUUGUAACAUAUUUCGUUAAAUUAAUUAAUGUCAGUAACAUUUUCUGAAUACUUUAGAUUACUUAAUAUAUUCUCAUGCUUUUUACAACUACAUGGAUGUACUGUGUGAUUUAUUACUAUUACUGAAGGCUACUUGCCACUGAGCUAAUAUUGUUAGCUGGCGUUAGCUGAGGUUAGUUCAUAGACUGCUUUAGGAUCUGCACAUGAUUAUUUGCACCUAGCAGGCUGUUAAUGCUUUCCAUCAAGUCUAACAGUCUGCAGUCUAUGAACUAACCUCAGCUAACGCCAGCUAACAGUAUUAGCUCGGUGGCGAAUAGCCUUUAGUAAUAGUAAUAAAUCACACAGCAGUAGUAAAAUCGAAGAUACUGAAGUGGCACGUAACCCAGGUAGCUACCACAACUAAAACAAGGUAGCUGCAGUAGGCUAAUGUUAGUUUUCAAAAAAGAGCUUACUUCCAGAUGUUUCUUUAGGUUGGAGUCUUGACGCUGAGAGCAUCUUGGUUGCUGAAAAACAGAGUUUGCAUUGCACGUUCAGAUUUCAUGCCUUUCUUCUCUAAAUAUGAAGUAGUGUCGGAGUUUCCAAGUAAGAAAUGCAUUCCUGCCGGUGCACUGUUGUCUCUGUUGUGCUGGCUCCGGGUUCAUUGUGUAACUGACGCCACCAACAUUAACAGGACGUUUACAUUAGAGCCUCUUAUUGUGUGUUUCUUUGGGUUUCCGACAAUGCGUUUAAUUACCAAAAUUAGAGAGGGGACAGCCGAACAUAUGAAACAUAUGUAAUCCAUUUAUUUCAACAAAGUAACAGUUUUCUAAUUAUCACCUUUUUAAAUGGUAACUGUAACAGAAUAAGUUACUCAUAUUUUGUAUUUUAAAUGUAUUCCAUUACUCCCCAACUCUGGAACUUGCUCUAUUCAUAAAACUGGCCCGAGCUGAGCAGAAGUUCCAUCUUACUUUGUCUUUGUUUGCAUGUUUAUGCGUUACGUUUGUCUUUACUUUGUGCGGCUGGAUUUACAGGAAGUGUUCCAGCUCCCGCACCGUUAGUGUAGUGUCUAAUAUUACGAUAGUUUUCUCAUUAUUUUAAGUGUAUGUUUCCAAAGAGUCUCUUUUAAUGCAGUGUGCUUCCAUGAAAACACUUCCUGAGUUUGGUCAAUUUUAGUAGAAUUUUUUUUCUUAGUUUAUAUUUUUGUCUAUUUUAUGAUUACAGUCUUUUCACUGUAUCGCUCACUGCUGUAAAUGAACCUGUAGAAAUAAAAUGUUGUCAA